CGGGGGACAGGCGGGCGGGGCCGGAUGCAGGCCGUGCGGCGGGCGCUGUGGCUGGGCUGCGAGCGGCGCAGGAUGAAGGUGCUGGUGGCGGCGGCGGCGCUGGGCGCCGCGCUCCUGCUGCUGCUGCCCGCCGCGACCCGCGCCGACGAGCGCAAGAAGGGACCCAAGGUCACGGCCAAGGUGUUCUUCGACCUGCGGAUCGGGGAGGAGGAUGCGGGGCGCGUCGUCAUCGGGCUCUUCGGCAAGACCGUGCCCAAGACGGUGGAGAACUUCGUGGCGCUGGCCACGGGAGAGAAAGGGUUCGGGUUCAAGGGCAGCAAAUUCCACCGCGUGAUCAAGGACUUCAUGAUCCAGGGGGGAGACUUCACCCGCGGUGACGGCACUGGAGGAAAAAGCAUCUACGGGGACCGCUUCCCCGACGAGAACUUCAAGCUGAAGCACUACGGCCCCGGCUGGGUGAGCAUGGCCAACGCCGGCAAGGACACCAACGGGUCCCAGUUCUUCAUCACCACGGUGAAGACGCCAUGGCUGGAUGGGAAGCACGUGGUGUUCGGCAAAGUGCUGGAGGGCAUGGACGUGGUGAGGAAGGUGGAGAGCACUAAGACAGACAGCCGGGACAAGCCCCUGAAGGACGUCACCAUCGCUGACUGCGGCACCAUCGAGGUGGAGAAGCCGUUCGCCAUCGCCAAAGAGUAACGCGCGGUCCUGGCUCUCCGGCGCGGCGAGGGGCCUGGCUCGAAGG